UCGUCGUCCUGACCUCCUCCAUUUCAUUUUUGACUGUGUGAAAAUAUUCCACUAGGGAGAGUUGGCACAGCGGACAAGCAAGCAGAAAACAGACAAGUGAUCGCGACGCCAUCCACACGAUUUGGUCUUGCAGCCAUAGCACUCAUAGUCAUUUCAAUUUGCUGGUGUGUAAAGAUGGAAGUCAAAAGUGGAUAAAAGCCGAGAUGUGGCGCCAUAAUUCAACAUACGGGAACACAAAUAUGCACUAGGAAGUUGUCUGCGCGAGAUUAGCUCAGACGCAAACGCAUGUUGUUCUUCUACAGGUACAGUAACGAGGUAGCUAGAGGUGGAGCUGUAAUGCUAUUGAAAUUUGAAUCCGGGACCUUUGAUAACUAAGACGCCCUCCUACUCGUUGGGAAUGCAAGAUUUGUUUGGUGUCUUGGCGUGAAAUGAAUCGCUUAUGUUGUACAUGUAAUGGCGCCUUCGUAUCUUCUGUGAGGUUUAUUAUUGUCUUCACGUUGACUUGGGCUGCCAGAGAAACGAGAGGAAAGCCACAAGAACGUCCUCUAACAACGUACAUUCGACACUACGAGCCUCUCGUUUUCACUCAAUACGAAGCGAAUCCUUACGAUGAGAGCAUGCUACACAGUAGAGUAAGACGGUCGACGCAUUCAAACAAUGUUUUGCGUAUGGAUUUUACAGCUCAUGGAAGAAAUUUUUCACUGCGCAUGCGUCCUCAUUCUCAGCUAUUUCAUCCCAACGUGAAGUUUGAGUCAGUAGCAGAUAGUGGCAGGACAGUUAUCGACUUUGAUCCAAAACAGAUUCUAACUGGAUAUGUUCAAGGUACAGUAUGA